UUUUCAGUUGACCAAAGAAAUGGUGAUGGAGAAGCCAAGUCCCCUGCUGGUCGGGCGGGAGUUCGUGAGGCAGUUUCUGAACCAAGCACCUGACUAUUUGCACAGGUUUUAUGGAAAGAACUCUUCUUAUGUCCAUGGUGGUUUGGAUUCCAAUGGAAAACCAGCUGACGCAGUCUAUGGGCAAUCUGAUAUCCACAAGAAGGUGCUGUCAUUAAACUUCAAGGAUUGCCACACAAAGAUUCGUCAUGUGGAUGCCCAUGCGACUCUCAACGAUGGUGUUGUCGUCCAGGUGAUGGGAGAGCUCUCCAAUAACAUGCAGCCUGUGCGGAGAUUCAUGCAAACGUUUGUACUUGCACCUGAGGGUUCUGUUGCAAACAAGUUUUAUGUCCACAAUGAUAUUUUCCGCUACCAAGAUGAGGUUUUUGGUGACUCUGACACUGAGCCUCCAGAGGAAUCAGAGGAGGAAGGGGAGGAGCCUGAGGAAAUACAGCAGACACCUGAGGCUGUUCCUGAUGAUACCGGUGCUUAUUACGAGCAGGCUGUCAGCAAUGACAUUGAGGAGCAUCUGGAAGAGACGGCUGCAGAGGCAGAGCCUGAGCCAGAGCCAGAACCUGAACAGGAACCUGAACCAGAGGUGCAGGAAGAAAAAUCUGAGCCGGUAUUAGAGGAGUCGGCUCCAGAAGAGACUGUGGAAAAGAGUCCUUCUCCAGCUCCUGCUGAUCCAGCUCCUGCAGUGCAAGAAGACUCCAGGACAUUUUCCUGGGCAUCAGUAACCAGUAAGAACCUCCCUCCCAGUGGAGCUGUUCCCGUAUCAGGAAUACCACCUCAUGUUGUGAAAGUACCGGUCUCACAGCCCCGCCCUGAGGCAAAGCCUGAAUCUCAGACCCCACCUCAGAGACCUCAGAGGGAUCAGCGAGUGAGGGAGCAACGAACGAGCAUCCCACCACAGAGGGGUCCUAGACCAAUUCGUGAGGGUGAACAAGGCGAUGUGGAAACGAGACGGAUUGUGAGAUACCCAGACAGUCAUCAGCUGUUUGUUGGGAACCUUCCCCAUGAUGUGGAUAAAACUGAACUUAAAGACUUUUUCCAAAGCUAUGGCAAUGUUGUUGAACUCCGUAUCAACAGUGGUGGAAAGCUCCCCAAUUUUGGGUUUGUGGUGUUUGAUGAUCCUGAACCAGUUCAGAAGAUCCUUAGCAACAGGCCCAUCAUGUUCAGGGGAGAGGUGCGCCUGAAUGUGGAGGAGAAGAAAACACGAGCUGCCAGGGAGGGUGACCGCAGAGAUAACAGACCACGUGGACCUGGAGGCACUCGUGGGGGGCUGGGAGGUGGGAUUCGAGGGCCUCCACGUGGAGGAAUGUCCCAGAAGCCAGGAUUUGGAGCUGGAAGGGGGAUCGGGCAACGCCAGUGAAUGCAUCCCGGAUGUUGACGUGGUGACGCAAACCCUUUUUCCUGCAGAUUUGUGAAUUUCAGCCUUGGGUAUCUUGGAAUGUGGCCCUAGCCUGUUAUAGACUGCUACGUUUGAUACUAUUUUGGCCCCUUUUUGUUUGUGUUAUGGUUUUGUGAUUUUUUUUCUAGUCCUUGUCCCAGAUUCCAGCUUUGUGGAACAACGUUUUAGGAAAAGUGAAUUUUAAAAAGAAAAGAACUGAAUUUUCUUGUUCACCUCAAACUUACGGACUGGAUUUUUUUGGUACCAGUGGUCUUUCCUAAAGGAAUGUCUCUAU